AUGGUUACAUUCACUUCUCUCUUUGCUGCCGCGGCAGCUGUUGCCGGUGUCCUUGCCGCGCCGAGUAUUGAGGUCGCAGAGAGGGCUCCCAGUGUCCUCAUGGAGCGUUCAGGCACUCCCAGCUCCCAAGGAAUGCACGACGGUUUCUUCUACUCGUGGUGGACGGACGGCGGCGCUUCUGCCGUCUACGAAAACCUCCCCGGCGGAACAUACACGGUGAGCUGGAAAGACGGUGGGAAUCUCGUCGGAGGAAAGGGCUACAAGCCCGGAACGCCCAGAAAUAUCACCUACUGCGGCGAAUACAAUUACGAGGGCAACAGCUACCUCGCCGUCUAUGGCUGGACCACGGACCCCCUGAUCGAGUACUACAUCGUGGAGAACUUCGGAACGUACAACCCCUCCUCGGGAGCGACGAAGAAGGGCACCGUCGAGGCGGACGGCGACAUUUACGACAUCUACGUGAGCCUCCGGACCGACAAGCCUUCCAUCCAGGGCACGGCGACCUUUCAGCAGUACUGGUCGGUCCGCCGCACGAAGCGCACCGGCGGGAACGUCAACACCCAGAUUCACUUCGAUGCGUGGGCGGAUGCGGGGAUGAAACUGGGCUCGAAUUUCGACUACCAGAUCGUGGCUACCGAGGGCUACUUUAGCAGUGGAUCUUCCACCAUCACCGUCUUUUGA